AUGUGCGCGUGCAUCGUGAGUGGAGGUUGGAAAGGGGAACCCUGCUUGGCGCAGACGCAUAAAGAGAACGCCGUUGCCAUAGAGUUCGUUCAUUACUCCAUCGACCAACGUCUCGUCGACUCUUCGCAUCCACCUUCACCCGCUGAGACUUUGACAUGGCUGAUUGGAGUGAAUGCGCCGGUGCAUGCUGUGGGCUAUGUUGUGUCGGUUGCUGCGCGGGGUUAUGUGGAAGUUCACAAGGCCCUAACAUGA